AUGACUUCCAAUGGGACGUAUAAGAUCUGCGAGCUGCCACCGGAUCAGCAAUCCCUCUCCGGUCAUCGAUACAGAAAACAUCUCUACUACAUAGCGCAGGCCGCAAUUUGGAUUGGUUAUCUGUACCUCGCGGUCCGCUUGUGGGCAAUCUUAUCCAGUCCAUCGCAAACAUGGCAAAUGUGGACAAUGCUAGCGGUGGAGUUGAUAUUUGCUCAUCUGGCUCGGAAAGAACAACUUCGUUCUGUUAGCGCUGGCAAGGUGCCGCAAAGUGGCCCGCGGAAGAGGAUGCGCCUUCAAGGCAACGAUGGUCUUCCUCGAGUGGAUGUCCUGUUACCCUGCUGCGGUGAGCCAGUGGAAGUUAUUAUGCAAACCGUGCGAGCGGCAUGCACAAUGGACUACCCCGUCUCUCAGUUUCGAGUCUUGCUUCUAGACGACGGGGGCUCGGCUCUGCUGAAAAAGACUAUUAUGGGAUUGCAGGCCCAAUGGCCGCACCUCUCAUAUCAUUCUAGAGGCAGACAAUCUGGCCAGGUUUUCGCCAAAUCGGGCAACUUGAACUAUGCCCUGAGCACCUUGCAGAACGAGAAUCCGCCUCAAUUCUGUGCAGUCUUAGAUGCGGACUCCAUCCCAUCGCCAGAGUUCCUUCGUGCAAUUCUUCCUCAUCUACUGCAAAACCCUGCUUCGGCAUUGGUUUCAACCCGCCAGUACUUCUCUAAUCUUCCCACUGGAGAUCCUUUAUCUCAGGCCCGCUGUCACUUCUACACCUGCCAGAAUGCGGAACUGGACAUUCUGGGCCGUGCUAUAGACGCAGGGUCUGGUGCAGUAUUCCGACGCCAGUCUAUCAUCGACGUUGGCCUCUAUCCGACCUUCUCAUUUUCUGAAGAUUGGCAACUAUCGUUGGUGUUGCAAGGGUUCGGACAUCCUACCAUGCAGGUACAGGAACCCCUACAGUAUGGUCUUGUUCCAACAUCCAUUACCGGGCAUAUUGCUCAAAGAAACCGAUGGAACAUUGGCCAUGCCCAACAAGUGAUUUCCAUGCUUUCUUCAAAUCCCCCGAAUCUUCCCAAGGAUCUUCGGAAGAGUAUUGCUUGGAAUGGAGCAGGGAUUGUAGGAGGCGAGCUUGGCUGCCUGCUCGGCUUUGCUGCAGUCCCAGUUCUCCUCCUCGCCGGAAAAACAAUCCCGACUUCAUCCACAGUUACGACUACAUUCCAAUUGACCUUGGCAGCAGUCUAUCUGCUCUUAACCUGGACAUAUGAGUUCCUCCAAGCUGCACAGACAGGCUUUCAAAGCGCUCCAUUUGCCCACUUGGAGAACAAGUGGCAAGCUGCUGGAAACAUUUAUUAUAUCCUACGGUUCUAUCUAUUGACCAGCAAGCCGAAAGGUUCAUUUGUGACAGGUAGCACUGCCAACUCCUGGAAUCGUCUUACGGCAAUGUCUUCAUACAUGAGGCUGUACAAAGACCUUUGGCAGAACGGCCUCUUUUGCAACGUGAUCAUGCUGAUCUCGACUUUCGGUGCUAUCUUUUACUCGACAGCUGUUGUCCUGUCACCCGACGAACAAAAUCUGACCACAAAGCUGCUGACUUCGGUUGCCUGGCCGCCAUUGCUCCAUGUUUGCUACCUCACCAUUGCAAACAACUGGGUACCCGUUGCGUAUCUGUUGGAUCCUCCGACUUAUCCUGAUCGGAACUCUCAAUCUAUCGAGAAUGGAACUCACGAAACUGCUGCAUCGCUGAACAAAUGGUACAGUAUGGGCAAAGCCAGCAAGGCGAGCAGGGACAUACUACAACUGGGAAGUAGAUUGGAGAUUGCCGAAGACACUGAAUUAUGA